AUGCAAGGAGUUGUUGAAAUAAAACAGGAUGACUUUGGUGGAUUUGGAAAUGUCCAUCUCGUAAGGAAAAUUGAUGAUGGACAAUUAUUUGCGGCGAAAGUUUCUAAAGCUUCAUUGCAAAUGGAAUACCAUGCAAUGAAAAGAAUUGAAAGAUUUGUCGUGAAAGCACGUGAAGCAUUUCACGAUAAUCAAUACUUGAUAAUGGAUUGGUAUGUCGGUCAGGCACAAUUCAUUAUCGACAUGGAUCCAGAAAAAAGCCAAGCUGAUGGUGAAAUUCUGAGAAAUAUCAUAAGAAGUCUGGUGCCUAAUCUGAAAUUAAUCCGUGAAAGAGGAUGGCUUCAUAGAUAUAUUAAGCCAGACAACAUACUUGUGGCAAAUGAAAGACCUCUUACAUUAAAUGCAGGAAAAGGUGGACGAAGAUGGCAAAUAAUGAGAGAAAUUAUCUCAGAUAUAGCAUUGCAAUUACACCUCCCCUAUCAACAAGGAAAUGAUGUUAAGACUUGGGGAUAUUUGAUAUCUUCAAACGAUGUUAUUACUUUAGAUAAAAAGUUUCAUAUAUUUGGUAAUCACGAGGCGUUAGAUGGAAAUUACAUUAAUUUCGAAGGAUGUGGAGAGAUAUUCUUCGCAGGAAUAACCUAUGACGAAAUAGACGGGGUCAAACUCGAAAGUUUUAUGUCAAAAUGGAAUUCUAAGGAAAAAAAAGAAAUGGGAAAAGAUGGGAUACAAUUUAAGUUGAAUCAUGAAGUUCGUUUUGCAGCAUUGAUUUCAACAAUAAUACCAUCGUUACAUGCAUUUGAUCUAGAUGAAUUUCGUACCGCAAAUUUAUCACAGUGUGGUUGUGAUAAAGUAACGAAUUAUAAUGAAAAUAAUCAAGGUUGUUCGUCUGGAAGUUUAAGUGUAGUAAAACGUAAUUGUUUUCUACACAAAUAUGAGUUCGUAAAAAGGCUGGGAGGUGGUAGUUUUGGAAAUGUCCAUCUCGUAAGAAAUAUUUAUGAUGGACAACUUUUUGCGGCGAAAAUUUCUAAAUCUUCAUUGCAAAUGGAGUAUCAUGCAAUGAAAGAAUUACAAAACUUGGCCUACGUCGUGAAAGCACAUGAAAGAUUUCACGAUGAUCAAUCAGAGAAUGAUUAUUUGAUAAUGGAUUGGGUCAGGCACAAUUCAUUAUCAACAUGGACGAAGCAAGACUAUGUUGAUGGUGAUACUAUGAGAAAUUUUGGAUUAAGUUGCAAAUUAAGCUCGAAUCCAAGAGAUGCGAAAGGGACACUAUUGUUAUGUGCUCCUGAGGUAUUGCAGAAGAACCUCCAAAAUGAGUCUUCCGAUUGGUGGUCACUAGGACACCUGAUAUAUUAUUGCUAUAAGGGAGGUUUUUUAUUGCAGCCUGUGAAGAUAGGUGUUAAAGAUUUAUUGGCAGAAAUUGAUUACCGGUUGCAGUUAAUUAAGGAUGGGAAGGAACCUGUGAUUAAUAGGAUGGUAGAAAGAGGACUCACAGAUGUUGUAAAAUUCAUACAGGCGUGCUUUAAAUUGGAUAUGAACGAACGAACUUACAACAAUAUCAUUGUGGAGAAAGAUGAUGAUGUUUAG